UCAAAACAUGCCCACCUGCGUGAUCGGCGGAAGACUGCGACGUUCUAGCAGCGGCAAAAGGGCCCUGAACUCGUCGCCUUCCACGUCAACCUUCAGAAUAUCGAUCUGUCUUUUCCUGUGCCCCAGUGUCCUGAAUGGGAGAAGCGGGUCAAGACCUUCUCUCUGCUGGCUUCUGCUGGUCGUCACUUGAUGAUUUCGGGCAGUCCCUUGACGCUGUAUGCCUGCCCUUCCCCAACAUUGACCUGCAAGAGAAAGAGGGAGGUGUGGACAGACAAAACAGAGCGAUACGACCUGGUAGUCAUCGCCGGGCGCACUCAACUUCCACGGAUGAAACUCGACGCCAUCGGGCUUGUUCUGACAUAUCAGACACAGCGCAUCGACGCCACGCAGCCAUACACCCCUUUGGCCCCCCCUCGCCCCUCACUCUGAGUUCCGCCAACGAAUAAUCAAAUGUGUGCACCUCGCAGCCGAGCCUUUCCACUAUUGCCGCCUCAAAGCCCCACUGUACCACAGAAAGAGUGCCUGAUCCUACUGCGUUCUACUCUGAACGGUUUCUCACCUCAUUCUUGCCUCCGACUGAGUAGACAAGGCAUGGAGGCGACCGCUGGCCCUUCGCCGCAUUUCUCCGAGGUAUCUUGUCCGGAUCACACACCUGACAGCCGCAAGAAAGGCAGGCUAUGGGGCAACGAGUCAAGGAUGUCUGGUGGCUUUGUCUUACCCAUUUGCCGCCAUCCCCAUUGUCACCCAUACUCUCGAUGAAUCUGACAUCGCCAGGGGUGAAAUCGACGUGUCGGCAUAUCGAUUGUAAUCAGUCUGUCUACUCACGAGCAGGUCCAAGAAGGGUGGAAAUUGAACCUGACAGCAGGUUCCACAGACAGAUGAGGCAGGCUCAAGUCAUGUUGUCUUUUCCCCUUGCAUCCAUAGCGUCGCCAGCUCUUGCAGCCGCGAGCAGUCCUUCUUGGCCGUGCUCGGAAUCAAGCCUUCGCUGCUGGAGUUGUCAGCGUUUGAUGAGUGAAACCUGAAGGGUGGGAAGGGACAGACACGCGACCGUCAUAUUGCCUCCUGGCUGCGCAGUGCUCACCUUUGCAGUGCUUUCAUUCUCUCCCACAGCGACUGCAUAUGUGCGGCCAGUAGGGAAGGCUGGCCAGCGGCCUCCAGCCCCGCUGGAAUAAAGUCGUCCAGACCGUACCAUCCCUGGCUCCCCUUGACCACCUUGGCCACCACGGAGUCGAGCGAGGGGCUGUGCGAUGAGUUGAACAUGGCGUUCCUCUGCUGAAAUCGGCUCACGGCUGUGUCAGAUCUCCCCAGCCACCACAGCGCAGAGAUGAAUCCGAGGGCUGCGGCCGUUAGCGUGACACCAUGACGUGCAUCCAACAU